AUGAAAGGCUUGGUCUCAUCCCAACGGCCAUCCGCGGGGCAGAUAAUGCUUUGGGCCUGGCAGCUGCUUCAAGCUGUGAAGUUCCUACACCUGCAAGGCAUCAGCCAUCGCGACAUAUCCUUGGAGAACGUUCUGCUCAGUGGCGGUGAUGUUCGACUGAUGGACUUCGGCCAAGCUGUGCAAGCACGUAUGGAAACAGGCGAGCUCUUGAGAUACUUCGUCCCAGCGGGGAAGCCAUACUAUCGGCCACCAGAGGCCUACAUCCCAAACCAAGGAACUGUCGCAGUGAUCUCGCCUUCGAGCUCACGGGCGGGACAGGUUGCUUUGGCACUAACGCCAGCUCAGGACUUCUUAUUUCACGCUCGCCUGCUGGAAGCUGCAGAUCCUGGGCAAGUAUGCGCAGCGGAGCCCUGGGGUUACACAGCUCCGCCAGUCGACAUCUUUGCCUGCGCCGUCAGUAUCGCAAUUAUGUUCCUGGCAGGGCCACCAUGGCGCCAGGCUCGACCUACGGACAAGUACUUCCAGUGGGUUCAAAGCAACGGCCUUGCGGCCUUGGCAUUGUCCUGGAAGAAGGCAGUCCCGGCGUUAGCCGCAGAGAUAUUGAGUCAGAUGCUGCAAACAGAUCCAGAGCAACGGCCUGCUGUGGAGGCUUGCCUCAGCCACUCCUGGUUUGCGCCGCUGCGCUCUGCGCCAGUGGCCCUCCGGGAGCACCCCUUUGGGCUAAGCCCAAUGAGUCCAGGGUCUCCGCGCCUGGCCGGGGAUUGCUACCGCGAACAGGAGUGGGUAUGCCGAUCACUUCCAAACCCAAGCCUUUCAACAGCCCCGUCUUUGCAUGCAUGCGCUGUGCCAGUAUCAGAAUUCGAUUUGCUUGGCGACCCGUAUCGAGAUAUCCAACCAUGGAACGCAGAUUUGCACCUGUCAGCUCGAGCGAACGAUGCAGAAAUAGCUGGACUCCUUUGUGACGCACCACCCCCGCUGCCGUUGGUGAGGGAAGACAGGACAGAGAUUGCUCAGAUGGAGGCAGAUGUGGGCCAGGCCUUACAAGCCUCGGCUGCUAGAGCACCAAUUAGAUCGAGUGCAAGUGCCGAGCAGAGGUUGGGCCAUGACGAUGUCUCUGACAAGGACAUGCCAGCCUGA